UUCCAUUGGAAGGGCUGCCGUAGAGUUCACAAGAGUUCUGAAGAACUCUUCUCUCUUCCUCUCUCUUUCUCUUUUGCUCUUGCUCUCAAUCUUUCUCUCUCUCUCUCCCCACCCCUACACCAAAAAGACAGGGAUAGUUGUCUUAUUAUUAGUGACUUAAGUGAUGCUUUUGAACAAGAAGAUGCUGGGUACUUUUGGUGACUAGUACCAUCCCACUUUUUUUCUUCUAAAUUCCCAAGCUAUUGUUUACUAGAACACUCUUUUAUACUUGUUUCUACUAAAACUGAAUGUUACUUGGGUGGAAAGCCUAAUUGCUUUCUUUUCUAGGUCCUGAAACCCUUUGCUAAUGUUUCUGUCUGAGAGUUCCUGAAGUCAGGGUUCUAGGAGAGUUUGGCAUGUCUGAACAGCUGAACCCCGAAAUAAUGGAGUAGGUCAGGUGGGGUGUGGGAGCAGGGCAUCCUGUCAAUGAAAGAGCUCCCUUCUCCGCACACAUGGCUGGUUAAUUAGUCAUUCUGGGAAAGGAUGGAUGGGGAGGGGGGCUUCUGAGAAUCGCCAGUGACAGCCUGGCCAAGCCAGUUCACCCAAGCUGUCUCAUCUAAUACCCCUCCAGACCCCUGUGAGGCCGCGCCUGCCGGCCUUUAGGUGCUGCAUUGCCUUGAGGCCUGGGCCAUGCCUGCACACGAGGAAGGCCCCUGAAGCUCUCCUGAGGGAAGAAGCAUGCAGGGCGCCCCUGGAGGAGGCCCGGGCCCUGGCCCAUCCCCUGUGGACAGGUGGACGCUCGUGGUCUUCAGCUUUAUUAUGGCAACAGUUUUGGGCCAAAUGAAUUUCACAGGAGACCAGGUUCUUCGAGUCCUGGCUAAAAAUGAGAAGCAGCUUUCAGCUCUCAGGGAUCUGGAUGGCCUGAAGCCCCAGAAGGUGGACUUCUGGCGUAGCCCAGCCAAGCCCAGCCUCCCUGUGGAUAUGAGAGUUCCUUUCUCAGAACUGAAAGACAUCAAAGCUUACCUGGAGUCUCACGGCCUUGCCUACAGCAUCAUGAUAAAGGACAUCCAGGUGCUGCUGGAUAAGGAGAGAGAAGCCAUGGCCAAGUCCCGCCGGUUGGAGCGUAGCACGAGCAGCUUCAGCUACUCCUCCUACCACACCCUGGAGGAGAUAUAUAACUGGAUGGACAACUUUGUAACUGAGUAUUCAGAUAUUGUCUCAAAAAUUCAGAUUGGCCACAGUUUUGAAAAUCGGUCCAUUCUUGUCCUGAAGUUCAGCACUGGAGGUUCUCAGCGCCGGGCCAUCUGGAUCGACACUGGAAUUCACUCCCGGGAGUGGAUCACGCAUGCCACUGGCAUCUGGAUGGCCAAGAAGAUUGUCAGUGAAUAUGGCAAAGACCGCACCCUGACAAACAUACUGAACGCCAUGGACAUCUUCAUGGAGAUUGUCACCAACCCUGAUGGGUUUGCCUUUACCCACAGCAUGAACCGCCUGUGGCGGAAGAACAAGUCCACCAGACCUGGAAUGUUCUGCAUCGGUGUGGAUCUUAACAGGAACUGGAAGUCGGGCUUUGGAGGAAAUGGUUCUAAUAACAACCCCUGCUCUGAGACUUACCGUGGGCCCUCCCCUCAGUCGGAGCCGGAGGUGGCGGCCAUAGUGGACUUCAUCACCACCCAUGGGAACGUCAAGGCUCUGAUCUCCAUUCACAGCUACUCUCAGAUGCUCAUGUACCCUUAUGGCCACUCUUUGGAACCCGUUCCAAACCAGGAGGAGUUGUACCAGCUCGCCAAGGACGCGGUGAAGGCCCUGUAUGAGGUCCAUGGGAUCGAGUACAUUUAUGGCAGCAUCAGCGCCACUCUCUAUGUGGCCAGCGGGAUCACUGUGGACUGGGCCUACGACAGUGGCAUCAAGUACGCCUUCACCUUCGAGCUCCGGGACACGGGGCGCUACGGCUUCCUGCUGCCGGCCUCCCAGAUCGUCCCCACGGCCCAGGAGACGUGGCUGGCGCUCCGGACCAUCAUGGAGCACACCCUGCAGCACCCCUACUAGCAACAGCGCUGAGGGAGGAGCAGGAGCACGCACUCCCUUCCCCUAGGCCGGGGCUCCUCCUGAACCCCGAGUGAUCCAUGGUCCUCCCCACACCCUUACCCUGACCCCUUAGGCAAUAAAUAACAGGUUUGAACAGGCUGGGUGGCCUCUGGUGCUGGCCACCACCCAUUUUGGGCUCAGCACUGAGAAGGGGCCAGGGGCAGCUUGAAAUGCCUCUUUGCUCUUUAGGAAUCCGGGAGGAUCAGGGACUAGCAGACCUCCUAUUCCUUCCCCUGAGUGCUCUCCAGGCCCAGAACACAUAACCCACUCUCUGGGAGCUACGGGUAUACACAUUGUCCCCUUGGUGUCUACACUCUGAGAUGAGGGCACAAUGUUUCACCCAAAGGAGUGGGUCUGCGGUGGCAGCAUCUCGGGCGCCCCGAGGGAAAGGUGGGUGCAGACAAGCAGCUUCCUCCUCCUCCUCACCUGUAGUCACCAAGUUCUAGUCAGGCCCUGAGCAGGCCGGGCAUUUACCAAGCAAGCAC